CGCCGUGGUCCAGCUUUCUCAGGUUAGCCUUUUAAUUACCUCGGUUUCCUGUUCCGGAGGCGCGGGAGGUGCUAAGGUCUUGGCGGCUGCACAAUAAGACUGGCUUUGCUCUGGCGGCGACCUCGGGGCCCAGGAGGCUUUUGGAUGCUCUGCCAGGGGCUGUGAAGGAUACAGAAAUGACUAUGAAUCAGCCCAUGCCAUCAAGGAGCUAAUAAUCCAGUGGAGGAGUUAGACAUGUGCACACAUGACUAUCAUAUGGGCUGUCUCUGAGUUUAUGUUCCCUGUGGAAGAUGUGACAUUGAUCCAGACAGUACGUCAUGAUGCAAGGCAAUACAUGUCAUAGAAUGUCGUUCCACCCGGGGCGAGGGUGUCCCCGAGGGCGAGGAGGACAUGGAGCCAGACCCUCAGCGCCAGCCUUCAGGCCCCAAAACCUGAGGCUGCUUCACCCUCAGCAGCCUCCCGUGCAAUAUCAAUAUGAACCUCCAAGUGCUCCUUCCACCACAUUCUCGAACUCUCCAGCUCCCAAUUUUCUGCCUCCACGACCAGACUUUGUACCGUUCCCUCCCCCCAUGCCUCCGUCAGCACAAGGCCCUCUUCCGCCCUGCCCAAUCCGGCCCCCCUUCCCCAACCACCAGAUGAGGCCCCCUUUCCCAGUACCUCCCUGUUUUCCUCCCAUGCCACCUCCGAUGCCCUGUCCGAAUAACCCCCCAGUCCCUGGAGCACCUCCCGGACAAGGCACUUUCCCCUUCAUGAUGCCCCCCCCUCCCCCUCCGGUCAUGCCACAGCAGGUCAAUUACCAGUACCCUCCGGGAUACUCACACCACAAUUUCCCGCCUCCCAAUUUUAAUAGCUUCCAGAACAACCCCAGCUCUUUCCCACCCAGUGCUAACAACAGCAGUAGUCCUCAUUUUAGGCAUCUCCCUCCAUACCCACUCCCCAAGGCUCCCAGUGAGAGAAGGUCCCCCGAAAGGCUCAAGCACUAUGACGACCACAGGCACCGGGAUCACAGUCACGGGCGAGGGGAGAGGCAUCGGUCCCUGGAGAGGCGGGAGCGUGGCCGCAGCCCUGACAGGAGAAGACAGGACAACCGCUACAGAUCCGAUUACGACCGAGGGAGAACGCCGUCUCGCCACCGGAGCUAUGAGCGCAGCAGAGAGCGGGAACGGGAGAGACACAGGCACCGGGAGAGCCGACGAUCACCAUCUCUGGAAAGGCCCUACAAAAAAGAGUAUAAGAGAUCUGGAAGGAGUUAUGGUUUACCAGUUGCUCCCGAACCUGCUGGAUGCACACCAGAAUUACCUGGGGAGAUUAUUAAAAAUACAGAUUCUUGGGCCCCACCCCCGGAGACUGUGGAUCAUCGUUCCCCAAGUAGGGAGAAGAAGAGAGCUCGUUGGGAGGAAGAAAAAGACAGAUGGAGUGACAACCAGAGCUCUGGCAAAGAGAAGAAUUAUACCUCAAUCAAGGAAAAAGAGCUAGAGGAGACGCUCCCGGACAAAAAUGAGGAGGAGGAGGAAGAACUUCUGAAGCCCGUGUGGAUUCGCUGCACCCACUCAGAAAACUACUACUCCAGUGACCCCAUGGAUCAGGUGGGAGAUUCUACUGUAGUUGGAACAAGUCGGCUCCGUGACUUAUACGACAAAUUUGAGGAAGAGUUGGGGAGCCGGCAAGAAAAGGCCAAAGCUGCUAGACCUCCGUGGGAGCCUCCCAAGACAAAGCUGGAUGAAGAUUUAGAAAGUUCCAGCGAAUCUGAAUGUGAGUCCGAUGAGGACAGCACCUGUUCUAGCAGCUCAGACUCGGAAGUUUUUGACGUCAUUGCAGAAAUCAAACGCAAAAAGGCCCAUCCUGACCGACUCCAUGACGAACUUUGGUACAACGACCCAGGCCAGAUGAAUGACGGACCACUCUGCAAAUGUAGCGCGAAAGCAAGACGCACAGGAAUUAGACACAGCAUUUAUCCUGGAGAAGAGGCCAUCAAGCCCUGUCGUCCUAUGACCAACAAUGCUGGUAGACUCUUCCACUAUCGAAUUACCGUUUCUCCUCCUACAAACUUUUUAACUGACAGGCCAACUGUUAUAGAAUACGAUGAUCAUGAAUAUAUCUUUGAAGGAUUUUCUAUGUUUGCACAUGCGCCCCUGACCAAUAUUCCACUGUGUAAAGUAAUUAGAUUCAACAUAGACUACACGAUUCAUUUCAUCGAAGAGAUGAUGCCUGAGAACUUUUGUGUGAAGGGACUUGAACUUUUUUCAUUAUUCCUAUUCAGAGAUAUUUUGGAAUUGUAUGACUGGAAUCUUAAAGGUCCUUUGUUUGAAGACAGCCCUCCCUGCUGCCCAAGAUUUCAUUUCAUGCCACGUUUUGUAAGAUUUCUUCCAGAUGGAGGAAAGGAAGUGCUGUCCAUGCACCAGAUUCUUCUGUACUUACUGCGGUGUAGCAAAGCGCUGGUCCCCGAGGAGGAGAUUGCCAAUAUGCUGCAGUGGGAAGAACUCGAGUGGCAGAAGUACGCGGAAGAGUGCAAGGGCAUGAUUGUCACCAACCCCGGGACGAAACCCAGCUCUGUCCGCAUUGAUCAACUGGAUCGUGAACAGUUCAACCCCGAUGUGAUUACUUUUCCAAUUAUCGUCCAUUUUGGGAUCCGCCCUGCACAGUUGAGUUAUGCAGGAGACCCACAGUACCAGAAACUGUGGAAGAGUUAUGUGAAACUUCGCCACCUCCUAGCAAAUAGUCCCAAAGUCAAACAAACCGACAAGCAGAAGCUGGCACAGAGAGAGGAAGCGCUCCAGAAAAUACGCCAGAAGAAUACAAUGAGACGAGAAGUAACGGUUGAGCUAAGUAGCCAAGGAUUCUGGAAAACUGGCAUCCGUUCGGAUGUCUGUCAGCAUGCAAUGAUGCUCCCUGUUUUGACCCAUCAUAUCCGCUACCACCAAUGCCUGAUGCACCUGGACAAGUUGAUAGGAUAUACUUUCCAAGAUCGCUGUCUGCUACAGCUGGCCAUGACUCACCCGAGUCAUCACUUAAAUUUUGGAAUGAAUCCGGAUCAUGCCAGGAAUUCUUUGUCGAACUGUGGAAUUCGGCAGCCCAAAUAUGGAGAUAGGAAAGUUCAUCAUAUGCACAUGCGGAAAAAAGGAAUUAACACCUUAAUAAAUAUUAUGUCACGCCUUGGCCAAGAUGACCCAACUCCCUCAAGAGGCCAGAAACUUGAACUGGAUCGAUUUAUGCUGUACGCCCAUGGACCUGACCUUUGUAGAGAAUCAGACCUUCGACAUGCAAUGGCUAAUUGUUUUGAAGCAUUAAUAGUUGUAGACCUGCGCGAAGUCUGGCUCAAUUAUCCUCUCCACCCACUCCAGUUACAAGAGCCAAAUACGGAUCGACAACUUAUUGAGACUUCUCCAGUUCUACAGAAACUUACUGAGUUUGAAGAAGCAAUUGGAGUAAUUUUUACUCAUGUUCGACUUCUGGCGAGAGCAUUCACACUGAGAACUGUGGGAUUUAACCACCUGACCCUAGGCCACAACCAGAGGAUGGAAUUCCUAGGUGACUCCAUAAUGCAACUGGUAGCCACAGAGUACUUAUUCAUUCAUUUCCCAGAUCAUCAUGAAGGACACUUAACUUUGUUGCGCAGCUCUCUGGUGAAUAACAGGACGCAAGCCAAGGUGGCGGAGGAGCUGGGCAUGCAGGAGUACGCCAUCACCAACGACAAGACCAAGCGGCCGGUGGCGCUCAGGACCAAGACCUUGGCCGACCUCUUGGAGUCAUUUAUUGCAGCACUGUACAUCGAUAAGGAUUUGGAGUAUGUUCAUACUUUCAUGAAUGUUUGUUUCUUCCCACGAUUAAAAGAGUUCAUUUUGAAUCAGGAUUGGAACGACCCCAAAUCCCAGCUCCAGCAGUGUUGCCUGACACUUAGGACAGAAGGAAAAGAGCCAGACAUUCCUCUGUACAAGACCCUGCAGACUGUGGGGCCAUCCCAUGCCAGAACCUACACUGUAGCUGUUUACUUCAAGGGAGAAAGAAUAGGCUGUGGGAAAGGACCAAGUAUUCAGCAAGCGGAAAUGGGAGCUGCAAUGGAUGCACUUGAAAAAUAUAACUUUCCUCAGAUGGCCCAUCAGAAGCGGUUCAUUGAACGGAAAUACAGACAAGAGUUAAAAGAAAUGAGGUGGGAAAGAGAGCACCAAGAGAAAGAGCCAGAUGAGACUGAAGACAUAAAGAAAUAAAGGAGGACACAGAAGUGGUAGCGUAUUUACUUGCUUAAUAACUGUGACUGUUGCCCGUGGAGACCUAGCCUAGUUUUCCUGCAGACUAUGGAUGAAGCGUGCCUGUUGAAAUAAAACACCAAGUCAAAUUGCUAUCGUUGUUUCACUGAUCUAAUACGCUGUUUUUAGCUGGAUGGUCUUUAUUACCAAGUGUUUGAUUUCUCUUCUAUUUAAUGGAAAACUUCCCUUUAGUGGAUGUGCGUAUUCCCUUUAUUUUUUUUCUUUAAACAAUAAAAUUUGAAAAAUUUA